CGGAAUACCACUUCCUUUCUUUGUGCGACUAGCUGCAACCCGACGACUUUGGAAGUAGAGGCUCGCAGCUUCGCAGGCCAAAUAAUCAGCGAUGAAGAAAAAGGCUCGCGCUACGGGAGGAGGCGUUGGUCGGAGAACAAUUCUACAGCUGUCUCCUUCUGGGCUCCGUGGUGGGAAUGCCGGGGAGAGGGAAGACGGGCUGUCAGGAUCCGAUGCAGAAGAGCAAGAAGGAGAAGGACGAUUUGUGAGAGACAGAUUGAACACGAAGCCUCCCGCAGUGAAAGCCACCGAGGGGCUGUCCUUGCUUGGAGCCUAUGAAGAUAGUGACGAAGAGGAUGCCACAGUCUCUCGAUCAACUACAACUUCUCAGCACAAUCAUUCUGCUGAUAUUGACAGUACAUUAGCAAAUUUCAUGGCUGAAAUCGAUGCUAUCACCACUCAGCCAAGUUCAGAUGAUGCAGCAGUUCAACCUUCUACCCCGGCUGGUAGUGCACCCAAACCAGAUGUCAAUAACCAGCAACCAGGUGCCAGUGAGCAACAAAGUGACCAGUUGGAGUUCAAUACUCAGUAUUCAUUAGCUGGAGUGGAUGUAGAAAUGGGGGACUGGCAGGAGGUCUGGGAUGAUAACUCUGGCUGCUAUUAUUACUGGAACACUCAGAACAAUGAGGUCUCUUGGGAGUUGCCUCACUAUUUAGCUAAUCAAGUGCAAAGACUGGCUAACCAUACCAAUAGUGCCAAUGGGACAUCGAGUGCUGGUCAUUAUGCUGGAGAAACCACACCUGUUACAGCUCCAACAUCAUCUAAAGAAACUCAAGUCAAGGAGGUAAUAGAAAGUGUGGUGGGCCUCACUAGCAAAGAGGAGGAGCGCUGCGGAGUGGCUGCAUCUCUGCUUGGUCCCUUGAUCCCUACCGAAGUGAAAGAUGCUGAAGAGAAAUGGCGAAAAAGACUCCUUAAAGGUUUGGAUGAAAAUGAGACCAGUGUGGACUCUGAAGGAGAGGUUGUUCGCCCUGUGGGAUCCCCCUGUACCACUUCGCACAACUCUGAUGCUAUCCAAACUGUGGAACAAGAUUCGGAUGCAAAGAACAUCUCAGAGGUGAACUCGGACACUGAAGGGGGGCCAGAAGAAGACACGAUGGAGCUGGAACUGGCUCUGGAGAGGAAGAAGGCUGAGCUCCAGGCUCUAGAGGAUGGCGAUGGAAGUCUUGGAGGCUCUAGUCCCUGUUCUGAGACAAGCCAAGACGCUUCUGGAUCUCGUAGCACACUCAAGAAAAAGCGAUGGAAAACUGUCUUCCCAAGUGCUCCCAGCCCUGAUUCCAACAGUCGUAAUUCAGAGCCUCAGGACAACAUGUUAACAGUUCCAGAGAGUGGUGUGGCAGAAGAAGAUGGGGAAACUGAUACCUCUGAGCAGAAACCAGAAGCUCCACCAAAAGAAGUAGUUGAAACACCUGAGCUCAGGUUUCAGAUUGGAGAACUGGCUAACACUUUAACGAGCAAGAUGGCAUUCCUGGGCAUACACAAGAAAGCUGUCUCGAAUUUUCAGUUGCUUCUGCUGCAAACUGAGACACGGAUAGCUGACUGGAGGGAGGGUGCUCUGAACGGGGGCUAUCUUCGCCGCAAGCUACAGGAAGCCGCCGAACACAUAAAACAUUAUGAACUUAACGCCACCCCUAAAGGCUGGUCCUGCCACUGGGACAGAGAUCACAAGCGGUAUUUUUAUGUCAACGACCUGACGAAUGCAUCACAGUGGGAGUUCCCGACAGAAGAGGCCAUCAGGGGUGACCUGAAAGGAAACCGGGCUAGCCCAACCUCCAGUCAAGGAAAUGGCAAAACAUCUGCGCCCAAUGGUGGACCUUCAGAACCGUGUAUUUGUGCCUCUGCUGCACCACCACCAGUGCCUCAGUCCUGCACAUCAUCGUGGUCCCCAUCUCAACCACCACUUCCUGACAGCCCACCUCCUCCACCUGACCUCCCCCCACUUCCACCUCUCCCCCCGGGCUCACCUCCUAUACCUCCCCCGCCCCCAGACAGUGAUGGUGAGAUCAUGGAGGUAGAGAUGGAGAUGGAUGAUAAUGACAUAGAGCCACCAGCCCCUGGAACUGAAGAUGAUGGCAGUGGGUGGCCCACUUCAGGCAUUGCUGGUGUUAAGGUCUUAGACUCUUCAGCCCCACUGGGUAAGGGUCAGAAACGGAAAGCUGGUCAGCUGAAUAAAGCCAUUAUUGGAAGUAGUCCCAUCCUGUACACACAGCAUGUUGCGACAGCAGCGCCUAUCAUGACCGCACCAGUCUACUGGGGUGUGCCAGCUGUCACUGCACCUCUUGUCCCUUGUGAACCGCCUCUUCCACCUGUUCCUGCUUUACCCCCCCAACCACCGCUGCCACCUCCCCAGCCACCCUGUGAAUCCUCAGCACUUAAUGUGCCACCUGUGGAAAAGACCAAGAAAACCAAGAAAGAUAAGAAGGGAAAGACUAAAAUGCCAUCCCUUGUGAAGAAGUGGCAAAGUAUCCAGAAAGAGCUGGAGGAAGAGGAGAAGAGCAGCUCCAGUGAUGAGGACAGAGAACAGCUCAACAAGAAGAGUAUAGAAGACUGGAAACAGCAGCAGCUCAUGACAGGAAAGGCUGCAAAGAAUGCCAACUUUGAGGCACUUCCUGAUAAUUGGAGGGAUAGACUGAAGAAAAGGAAGAUGAACAGCACGUAACAUGGGACCUGAACAACUUAAAUAACCCACCCCCCCAAAAAAAUUUCAUGUCAUGUUAUUGUUUCUUCCGAGCUUCAUUGAGUCGUUUAUGAAUAUUUUUUGUAUUGAAAAUGAAGACCGAGAUCAACCGUUGGGUUUGAUUGUCCUUCAUUUGUUUAGUUCCACGUGUAAAUGUGCCACCUCUUCAGUUUGUAAUGAACUUGGAUAGAAUGUAUUCAGGUGGCCACAGCAAUAUAUGUAUGAGAGUCACCUGUUUUAAUUAAACUUUUACACAAGUGUACAUACCAUGUAUAUUAGGACGAGCUGUGUUGGUGGUCUCGGAAUGUGUAAAGUUUUUGUACAUUUAUUAAAUUGUUUUUCCCAA